AUGAAGGUGAAAAUCCUGUCCCAAACUGGACUUUACAGUAUCAAGGCGAGGUCAAAACACAGAGCACAUAUAUGGGGGUUUUUACUGGUUAUUAAGGUGAUUCUUGAUGAUGUUUGGACAAGAGAAGCGUUGGACCGCUUGACGUUUAACCUUCCUGGCUGCACAACUCUUGUGGUCUCACGGUCCAAGCUUGCAAAGCCUGAAGCCACUUAUGAUGUUGAAGAAUACUUCAUUACCAACACGGAGCCAAUAAAAUUUUGGGAGUUUAUGUCACAGCUUCUUGAAGGACUUGGCUAUGAGAGGUUGGUGUUACCCAUUAUUUCUCAUCAUCUCAAAGCUAAAGAAGAUCUUGGAUAUGUUCCAUUCAAGAGCUCUCGGGAAGGUUUUAGGGAUGGAGAUGGUCUCAGAACCAUUUUCAGACACACCCACGAGACUAGUCUUGUACCUCAAAACACAAAGCCACGUUCGGAUCCCUCGCCUCUCAAGGAGGAGAAGGAUGUGGCGGGAAGAAAAAGAGAUAGAGAUGAAGAACAUAAAGCUUUACGUGGAGAAUCAAAACAUGAUACGAGAAAACGAGAAACUCAGGAAGAAAGCUCUUCUUCUUCACCAAGAAAACAAAGCUCUCUUCUCUCUGCUUCAGACCAAAAGAUCUCCCCUGUUCCAUAA